GCAGACUAAACGUCACGUCCCAUCCAUAAAAAUGAAGUUCAUCGGCCUUGCCACCCUCUCCCUCUUUGCGCUCGCCAGCGCCGACAAGUUCCCCGUCCCCGACAGCAUCACCGUCGCCGAAGGAAGCUCUAAGUGUGGUGACCAAGCCCAGCUGUCCUGCUGCAACGACGUCAAGUACGGCGGAGACACUACCGUUGUACAAAAGGGUAUCGCCGCUGGGCUGCUGAGUGACCUGCUCGGUGCCGGCUCUGCCGCCGAAGGCCUCGGUGCUUUCAGCGGUUGCUCGAAGCUUGAUAUCUCUCUACUUAUCGGCAUCGAAGAUAUCCUGAACCAGAAGUGCAAGCAGAACAUUGCUUGCUGUGCGAAGAGUGGCGGCAGUGCGGACGGCGACCUCGUGGGCGCUACGCUCCCCUGCAUUGCCCUUGGCUCCAUUCUGUAAUCGCUGGUUUGCUCAUGGUAUUUAGAGGGAGAAGGUGAAGGCAGGAUGUGCGGUUGAUGUUGUAACUUCAGACUGUCAUAAAAAUUCGUUCGAAUAAAUACAUUAAUAAUCCAUUUUCG